AUGAACUAUUUGUAUGGAAUGGAUUAUGUGACAUGCAUUUUGUUGGUGAAAAGAAAAUUCAGGUUAAUAAAUUUUUUAACCUGGGUAGAUUUAUUUCCUUUGUCUCUUAACCUUGCAUUUAAUUAUUCAUGAACUGGGCUUUAAUAAUAGGAGGCAAAGAAAAUUGAGUAAAUUAGAAGGGGUUUUAAAAAACUGAAUUUAAUUUUGCCUUCAAUACAUGACUUGUAGCUAUUCAAAAAAUGAUUUCUUAUAAGGUCCAUCAAGUGACUUUUCAUCUCCAUAUUGUUUUCAAUUCCUCCCUUCAUUUUUCCCCUCGCUUAAGUUGUUUAGAUUUCAAUUUUCAAUUUUCAAUUUUCUCAAGAAAAACAAACUGGAGUUAAUCAUCGGCUAAAGAAAAUACGGCCGUUGCAGUUGUGAUAGAAAUUUGAAUAAUUUACAAAUUAACCCGGAAAAUUUUUAUCGACACAAGCCGGAAGGAAAGAUGAGAAAACCAUCAGAAAUCUCCCUUAAUGCAAAUUCUUAACUGAUUAUCACUCAAGCUUCCUUACACAAAGCUUCUUGAUAAGAAUGCGAUGUCUUUCUUAAGAUCAAUUUCAGCGGGCGUGCAAAAUUUCCGUCAUUCAUAAAGACACAUUUUACCAGGCGGAAAUCGGAUCUUCGCAUCUGCCAAUAUCGUACUUCCCCCACCCAAUGAAAAGGGAAACAUUUGGAGCCGCCCAUUCAGCCUUUCAGCAAACGUAUCCUUUGGAAGGAUUUCACUUGGAGAGCAAAUGCACCACAGUAGCGCAUUCAUACUCGUAUACGAAGGCAGAUCAUGAAUCUUACGAUCCAUUUUCUUCGGUUAUUUCAGAAUGAAAAUUGAAAUUAAUUACUAGUUAAUGGCAGAAUAAAAAUCCCAAUGGCGGAUCAUUCCAAAGUUACGAACGCACCUAUCACGGCACCAUAGGAACCCAUCGGAUUAUCCCCAAAUUCCCACAUUAACGUCUGGCCUGAUUUUUUAUUUCAAUUAUGUAUACAAUUAUCUAUGGCUUGUUCACAAUAUCACAUUAGAUGCAUCGCGUGAUCUUAGAAUAGUCGCUUGUCUAAAUUUAACUUUGGUCACGCUACGUCGCGUUUGAUUGAUGGCAUCUCCAAACUCGUGACCUUUCUACGGUGAUACGCCCCAUUAUUUUUCGAAGUAUGUAGUUGCGUCUGAAGAAACUAGAAUGGCCCUGGAAAAGUCCUCGCCUUAGUUGAUGCGCGUGGAUUCGUGCCUUUAGUACCUUUUCUUCCACAAGAGGCAUCAGUUUGGGCUGCAGGUAUUUGACAAUUAUUAUAAUUGAUAUCGCGUGACUGUACCGUCUGUCUAGACUGAUCAUCUCGUCUCUAACACUAACACUGCCAUGUUUGUUUCAGGAAUGCAGAGGAAUACAAACCUUCCACUGAUCUGACUAGCGCCUGGUGAAUUGAUUUAUAUCCUAAAGGACCUUGAAGCGUAAUAAUUCAUAUAAGCGACGAAAAGUCUUUCACUUAGAAGAUCUUAGAAAAGGUGAGCUGAACGAGAGUGUUGUUGUCCUAGCACAUUUGCAGGUUCCGAUCAUAGGAUGGUGUAGUUUCUCCUAAGUAAAGAGGUAUGAUAAUAAAGGCUGAUAAAAGCAACUCAAAAUAUUUCUUCUUAGUUUAAUUAUCAGUCAGUUGUUUGCCUUAAAACAGCCGCUGUUGGCCAGUAUCCGAGCACUUGAAGGCUGCAUGUUCUGUUCUUUCGAGACAAGUGAUCAAUUCGUGGUUAGGAGAAGUUCGUUUCUUAGUCGUCCUCACUGGCCUCCUCUCUUGGUCCUUCUUGAGCCUAAACGACCUUUUGUCGGAACUGUUUAGUUUAUUUCAUUUUUAACUCCUGUUGGUGACAAUGUUUGGGUAGUUUCUUUCGGAGUUACACUACCACUGCCGAAAAUUCAAAUUGAAAUGGUAGCAGCAGUAACAGACACGCAUUUCUUGUGUAUGUAUGUGGUUCCUCACUUUGACUUUUUUUGUUGACAAUAAAACUUGAGACGUUUGUGAAUUUAAUCGUCUCUCAUUAAAGCGAAUAUUAAGAGAACUGAGUAUUAGCAAAGGAAAUCGAAACUGAACAGGAAAGUUCAAAUUGGCAUAUCAAAAGUGAAAGAGGAAGUUUGGUUUGUAAUGUAAUCCGAGCAUCGACGAUCAGCAGUGCAAACACUCUUGAUUGAUUCUUGUCAAGAGAUUUUUUUCCUACCCGCUUUGUAAGGUCAAAAUACUUGCUUCUGUUUUUUUUGGUUGGACUUUUUAGUUGGUGGAACCAAAUUAGCCUCACAGGGAAAAAAGAAAUCAUUCUACAAAUUGACAUUAUAAAAUUACACUCUCAACGGUAUUGAAGGAUCUCCCGACUCCUUUUGGCAAAGUAGGCAAGAUAGAGAGCUGUCAUAAAUUGAAAUUCUAUUCAACAGAUGAUUUGUACAGCACCCCUCUGCGUGAUGUAAAUUUUGAAAAGUCUUGCAAAAAGAGAAAAAAAUUUAUAUGAAAUUAAUUUGUUUAAGAACAUUAUCAAUUCUCUGUUUACAGCUGGGUUAUUUUAGGACCUAUCUCACGCUCUCUCGAAAGGUCAAACUUCAAACAUUUUUGGAGCUGUAGGGUUCUUUUCCAAGUUAGAUAUCAAUAGAUAGCUAGCUCAAUCGGAAGAAAACGCUUAGUGGUCGCGUUUGAUCACAUUUUUUUAGCUACCGCGACUUGCCUCUGCCUCCAAAUGUGCAGACUUACUGUUUUUCUUGUUUCAAAAUGGCGGUAACAAAACAGAAAUUACAAAACCUAAAUCGUAAAAUUGAUCUUGAUGUUUAUUGCUACAGCUUUAAAGUAAUCUCCACUGAAAGUCCUUCCACUAGAAAAUUUGGGACAGUUUACGACUUCUUACUCAUUUCUCACUACUUUUCCCAGUUCUAGGUUCAGAAUCUAAAAUAACGUUUUUGGCCUUUUGAUGGUUGGCAACUUUCAACAUAAGUAAAACUUUAGCUCCUGUUUGGCUAUAAUGAUCUAUGUCUUACAGGAUUACUGUGAUGGCUUCUGCUCCAACAUUAGCUCCAUCCACCAAGGAGACGACUAAUUACGCAAGAUUAUGUCGCCUUUUAGUAGAUGGAGGCACCAAGGCCUUGAGAUACAUCUUUGACAAGUUCCACUCCCCAGCAAACUUGUUUACCGUUUUGAAAGCUGGUUCUCCAGAACAUUCAACUCUGCAAUCCCUUAAAAAGAAGAGAAUCAUCAAUGCUACACAAUGGGGUAAACUGUAUCCCUCUCCCCCCUCAUCUGUGACAUCAGAAGACUUUGACAUCACCUUACUGAUGGUGCUACUGAGGAACAUCUGUGGUCUGACUGCUCCUGCCACAGGCUGGGAUAGUCUGCCAUCUGCUUCAGACACGAGUUUUGAGGCUAACAUAGCCAGAGUAAAGUACUAUAGGAACUCGGUCUAUGGGCAUGGCGAGCAGGCGUCCGUGGACGAUCCAACAUUUAAUUUAUUGUGGAAUGAUAUAAGUGCCGCACUAGUUACACUUGGUGUAGAUGCAGCUGCUAUCACAAGACUAAAAACUGAGACUAUGGAUCCAGACGAGGAGAAGCAUUACCGAGAACUGUUAAAAGAAUGGAAGAAAGACGAAGAUAACAUUAAGGACCAACUUAAUACAAUGGAAGGUAUUAACUAAUAAAGGUUUUGAAGUGUUUUUUAUAGUACUAAAUAGGUUUCUUCUUUCCGAGCUUAACUUUACUAUAUGAUUAGAAGAAGGUGUGGGUGGGGCUGAAAUAAAAGCUUAGAAUUAGACAAAAUAAACUUUUCCCUUAAAAAAAAAAAAAACACAUUUAACAACCAUAAACCAACAUAUGAAGAAUUACAAACAGGUUCAAUUUUACUUCUUAAGGCUGUGAUUCUGUGACUGAGCGAGUUUCAGUGAUGUGAACUUAACACACAAAAAAAACAUAAAUUAAGUAGUUGUUCAUUCAAACAAAAUUUGUUUGCGACAAAUAAAGUGUGCACGAAUCGCUGGCGAGUUAGUUGUAUUUUAGCAAUUAUUGGACCUGGCUUCGUUUGCUCUGAAGAAUUAAGCAAUCCCAGGCGGAUAACUCUCUCCGAGAUCUGCAUAAUUCUUCAGAUCAUACUCAGCCAUAUUCAAUAAUUGCUAAUUAUCUCAGCUGACAAGUUGGACACUGAUUUUUGUGUUUACUGAUUUUCUUUUUUCAGUUAAACUCAGAGAGCAGAUGAAAAGUGAACUGGGUAACAUGAGCGAGAAGCUAGGGGCUAUGAGAAAUUCCGUUACGGAGGAUGGAGGUCAGUUUCCAAAGAAAUGAAGCUAAAUUUAACAAUUCUUUGAGUCAGGCGAACUUUAAUAAUGUUUUAACGAAAGGAAUUUCAAAUUUUAUGGCUUUUUAAGUGUUCUGUGAGAAACAAACCAUAUCAUUUUCUUUUUAGAUGAAUUCAGAGAACAGAUAAAAAGUGAAAUCAGAAAAAAAAAUAGCGAGAAGAUAACGGAGGAAGAAGGUCAAUUCCGAAUGUUAAUUCCAUAACUUGGACACCCUUUCUUUUGAUUACAUCUUUCAAUCAGCUUUUGCUAAUAUGAUCACAAGUAUGGAGAAAACUGCCACUUAGAAGCUUAAAUAGUCUUUGAAAUUUCAUAACUUCAGUAAAACCGGAGUCCGGAAAAGGAACAAUAGGAAAAGGAAGCGGAAGAGGAACUGGUAGAGGCCGCAGAAUAACAAGCGGGAACCGAUUUAAGCCGGACAGAUAGACAUCAUAUAUGUUGACUGAAUUUAAAGUGCCCAUCACCUAAAAUUUUUUAUUUUGUUACCUGAUACUACACAUCAUUAAAAUAACUUCUGCGAAAAAAAUUUUUACAUUUGAACUAAACGCGAUUUUUUUACACAUUUUUGCGGUACACCCCCGCCACUGAUCGCACAAACUAGCAGGCUCGCAGAUGACGUCAUGUGACGUAAAUUAAGGAACUCGCGUAACCUUUCCUUGUAAAUUUGAACGUUUUCCAAAAAUUCAAAAAACAUCGUAUUUUGUUCAAAUCGCAAAUUUUUUUCGCAGAAGUCAUUUUAAUAAGGUUUAGUUUCAGACAAGAAAAUAAAAUAUUUUAGGUGACGGGCACUCUAAUUCUCAUAUAACUUUAAAAUAAAUUGUACAAAAAAAAAAAAAGAAAAAAACCGCGUAAAAAAUUAACAUUUGUACGAAGAAAUAUUUAUCGUUGGCUUCAAUAAGGGUAUGUUACACGAGGUGAUUUGCAACGACGAAUCAUCGGGUAACAAUAUUGUAACAAUUAAUGUUGCGACAAUUCGAAACGUUUUCGAAACAUUGUUUUUUAACACUCAAAACCGUCGCUGGGAAUCAUCCCGUGCAAUAUCGCCCUUAGAUUGCGAUCUUUUCCUCCCUUUACCUCCAUACGUCUCUUGAAGGAAGGGAGGGACAAUACAUUAAUUUUCAGCGUUGGAUCACGUUCAAACGAGUCGCCCAGUGGCGCUGGGUUGCCAAAAAAACUUCAGGAUUGUUGGAAAGAUAUAUUGUACGGUAAUACAACGUGAAGUUUACCAGAAGAGACAGCCGAUAGCUUUAAUUAAGAAGGUAGUACCCCCGUCUCAUCCCAAAUAAGGGUACCAGCCCCACCUCUGGUCUCAUUAAACUGAUUGCAUUGAUUGUGGAAAUGAAAACGUGUGACGUGUUAAAAGUUUAGAAAGGUUAAUUAGAUUCACUUCGUAAUUACGCUUGCAUCUUACGAUCCUGAAAAUCUUAAAGAUGUUACACAUCACCAGAGUUUCUAUCACGUCCGCACGUUACAUUUCGUUCACAAUACAUAUAUAGCUAAAAAAGGUUAGAAUCAUCUACCAUAGCUUAGUUUAAGAUUCGCUCAAGUACCUCAUUUGUCUCACUACUAGCUGUUCCCAUGCUCGAUUCAGAACUUAUAGUAUAUCUCAAAUCACAUCCUCUUCUUUCAAAAUCUCACUUGCCAGCUCGGGGGCAACUUUAUUAAUUUACUUGUGUGGUCGUCUAUAAAUUUCGGAUAGACAGAAAACGAACUGACCACCCGCUCAAAAUCACUUAAAAGAAAACAGCCAUCUUGAUCUGAAAUGGAGGCGUCGUCGUCACUAUCUGAAGGCUAGAAGACGGCUGGAGGCUGUUAAUGAAGUGUCUCCCCACGGUCGAUUAAUUCUUUUCAUCUCAAUUCUUGGUAUUGCUAUUUGUUCUUAUUGCGUUGUUGGCUAAAAACCAUCUCUGCUUUUAUAGGAAGCUGUAUUUUAUGUCUUAUAUCCUACCAGAAUAUGAUCGUUUAUUUCAAGUCUUUUUCCGGUUCCUGUUGCUAUUCCCGUUCCUGUUUUGAAUUUCAGAUUUUUAUUUCCUAGUUUUCCAGACAUCCACUUUAAAUUGUCCUUAAUGAAAGGUGUGUGAUGACAGUUUAGUUUUGCUUAGUAUAUUCUUCUUCCUGACAGAUAGAACAAGAAAACACAUCAGCGAGGCGCUGAAGACUUUUGUCUCCUUGACCAAAGUCGAAGGUCAGUUUCCUUACACUGUAGCCCGCUAGAAAUUAAGUAUCCGUCUAAAAUAGUUGUUAAAAGCUAGUAUUGCUGAGCGCUCCGAGAUCAUUGGUCUUACAAGUGUCGCUCUCAAAAGAACACUUUCGUAUCGAAGGACCCAUAGUGCUGUAUUUAUUCGCCUUCAAUUAAAAUUGUAAUUCUUUCAGCCAGUGGGAUGGCGGAUGACAUAUCUUGAACUAGAAACAAACGCUUUAGGCUUUUUAUAGUCCGCUUUUUUUCCCGUACGAUUGUGACGUUGGAGCCAGCCAUAUCAGUAGCUUGCGUGGCAGGCGCAAAAGGGGGAGGGGGGAGGAAGAAAAGCGCAUCCUUCCCUUUUUCCCUUCCUCCCAAUCACCUACCCCUUUCGAUGCCAUCUACGAAGGUUACCUACUAGCAUGGUGGCCAUAUUGGUUUUAAGUGUAUGGAGGUGUCGCCCAACUUUUUAAAAUAGUUUUCAGCGAGUUUUUUUUUUAUUUUGCAGCACCACACACCACACUCUAUCAACUACAUGGUAAAGUAGGGGAUCGAGAGAGUCCUCAAACACCCUAACCUAGAGUUCAUAAGCAGAGUCCAUUUUCCUUGAUUUUCGCAAAUUUCAGUCGUCUGCUAAAACUGUUUUUAGACAAAUAUCUACAACAAAGUUUGUUUCUCGUUUAUUCUCACAGCAGUUGGUGUGGUUGACGAGCAUAUUGAAAUCAUUCGUCAGAACUACAAACGUCAUGAGGGAUGGCUCGCGCCGUUUCCUUGGUGCGAAGACUUUCAGUUUCAGCUAAGCGAUAUUUAUACACGGCUUCGUAUGGUCAGCAGAGAGAAAAAAGCGAGAGCAACAGCGGAGAAAAGAGUUGUUGAAACGACUGAAAUCUUCAAACCCCACGAAGAAUGCAAACAACCUAGAAAAAUAUUGAUUGAAGGAAAACCAGGAAUGGGAAAGACGACAUACUGCAAUAAGGUUGCUUACGACUGGGCAAUAAACAUAAAAAACGAAGGAGAUUGCUUUCCGGAAUUUAAAUUGGUCCUUUUGCUAAAAUGCCGUGAUGUCGAGAUCGAGUCCGACCUUUGGAAAGCCAUUGAUGAUCAGCUUUUGCCAGGUGAAAUUCACCGAAAGGAAAGAGAGAAAUUCUUCGAGUUCAUUCGGCAAAAUCAAUCAAAGCUUCUACUGAUACUUGACGGAUUGGACGAGCUACCUUCGAGCAAACUGCCGGAGUUUGCCGACAUCAUACAAGGUAAAAUGCUUCCCCUAUCUCACCUUGUGGUUACCGCGCGACACGAGGCUGGAAUACCUAUAAGAAAGGUUUGUGACACUUUGCUAGAGAUUGAAGGAUUCACUUAUCAAGAUAGCGAAGAAUUUAUUCUCAAAUAUUUUGCCGGCAAAGAAGAUUUGGCCGAAAAGCUAUUGGAUAAAAUACAGAAUGAGAAAAGGCUUAAAGAGAUGACAGCCAACCCAUUAAACACUGCACUGCUUUGCCUUCUUUGUGAAGACUUUCAAGGUAUUUUACCUGAAAGUAGAACUCAGUUGUACGUGGAAGUAGUACAAUGUGUUCUUAUCAGAUACAGGAAAAAGAAAGGUCUUCCAGUCGAAAAUGAUCAGGAUUUGAUUGAAAUCUACAAAGAUCAGUUGAAACGUUUUGGCUUGAUAGCCUUAAACGGCCUGUAUGAAGACAACAUGUACUUUGAGGACAAAAAGCUUUCAAAGAAAGAUGCCGACCUACCUGGAUUUGGGUUUCUGUCAGCUCAACCCGGAAGCAGCAAACGAAGACCGUGUAUGUGCUACGGCUUUACGCAUAAGAGUUUCCAAGAAUUCUUCGCGGGACAUUAUCUUUGUUGCCUGCUUGUUAGCAAAGAAACCAGUCCUGAAAUAUUGGUCACUGACACAAGAUAUUUCCGAGAGCUAAGAGAGGUAUUGAAAUUUACCUGUGGUUUGCUUGCAGUAAGGUCUGAAGAAAGCGCAGUAGCCCUUAUAAACUGCAUAGCGAAUGAGGUAAACAAAGCUGAUGGGGAAGAAUGUUUACCUGUUGCACUUGAGUGCAUUAAAGAAUGCAAAAUUGAAAACUGUUAUUUUCAUAUAGACUUGGCACGUACAUUUGGCGCAUCUCUGGAAGUUCAACAGGCUCAGGCGCGGAAUCGCAGAGUUACAGAUGAAACUGCUGUUGCUGUUCUUGCUGCCGUGCUAGAAGCAAACACAACUCUGACAAAUUUAGAUCUCCAGGGCAAUAACAUUGGUCCUGCCGGUGCUGAGUCACUUGCUACAGCACUUAAAACAAACACAGCUCUGACAAAUUUGGAUCUCCAGGGCAAUAACAUUGGUCCUGCCGGUGCUGAGUCACUUGCUACAGCGCUUAAAACAAACACAACUCUGACAAAUUUGGAUCUGUCUUAUAGCAAUAACAUUGGUCCUGCUGGUGCUGAGUCACUUGCUACAGCACUUAAAACAAACACAACUCUGACAAAUUUGGCUCUGUCUAGCAAUAACAUUGAUCCUGCUGGCGCUGAGUCACUUGCUACAGCAUUUAAAACAAAUACUGCUCUGACAAAUUUGGAUCUGUCUUAUGGCAAUAACAUUGGUCCUGCCGGUGCUGAGUCACUUGCUACAGCGCUUAAGACAAACACAACUCUCACAAAUUUGGAUCUGUCUUAUGGCAAUAACAUUGGUCCGGCCGGUGCUGAGUCACUUGCUAAAGCGCUUAAAACAAACACAACUCUGACAAAUUUGGAUCUGUCUAGCAAUAACAUUGGUCCUGAUGGUGCUGAGUCACUUGCUACAGCGCUUAAAACAAACACAACUCUGACAAAUUUGGAUCUGUCUUAUGGCAAUAACAUUGGUUCGGCCGGUGCUGAAUCACUUGCUACAGCGCUUAAAACAAACACAACUCUGACAAAUUUGGAUCUUUCUAGCAAUAACAUUGGUCCUGAUGGCGCUGAGUCACUUGCUAAAGCGCUUAAAACAAACACAGCUCUGACAAAUUUGUAUCUGUCUGGCAAUAACGUUGGUCCUGCCGGUGCUGAGUCACUUGCUACAGUGCUCAAAACAAACACAACUCUGACAAAUUUGUAUCUGUGUUUCAAUAGGAUUGGUCCUGCCGGUGCUGAGUUACUUGCUACAGCACUUAAAACAAACGCAACGCUGACAAAUUUGGAUCUCCGAGGCAAUAACAUUGGUCCUGCCAGUGCCGAGUCACUUGCUACAGCGCUUAAGACAAACACAACUCUGACAAAUUUGGAUCUCCGGGGUAAUAACAUUGGUCCUGCCGGUGCUGAAUCACUUGCUACAGUGCUUAAAACAAACACAACUCUGACAAAUUUGCAUCUGUCUGGCAAUAACAUUGGUCCUGCCGGUGCUGAGUCACUUGCUACAGCGCUUAAAACAAACACAACUCUGAAGCAAUUAAUUUUGGGGCAUGGCAAUGACAUCAGUGAAUCUGUUUAUAAGAAAAUAAACGAUGAACUCGGUAAACGUAUCCGAUGUUAA